AUGGAAGUACGUAACAGGAAGCGCUCGCUAUUUCACAUGACCGAUGAGCGCGCGCUAUUUUACAAGACCAAUGAGCGCGCGCUAUUUUACAAGACCGAUGAGCGCGCGCUAUUUUACAAGACUGAUGAGCCCGCGCUAUUUUACAAGACAGAUGAGCGCGCGCUAUUUUACAAGACCGAUGAGCGCGCGUUAUUUUACAAGACCGAUGAGCGCGCGUUAUUUUACAAGACCGAUGAGCGCGCGCUAUUUUACUAA